AUGGAUACACGAUCGCGAACAAGUGGUCCUCUCACAGAAGCAACGGAAUAUAUCAAACAAGGUGGUGGCCGUGGUGGUGGUCGAUAUGCUUUAGCUACAGCAGUUUUAGACAGCAUUGUACUCAUAUUUAUUAUUGUCAUUGCCUUUCUUCUACGAGCAUCUGAUAUAUUUCCUGUUCGUCAGCAACGCUUUUUAUGUGAUGAUGCACGAUAUUAUCAAUCAUACGAAGAUGGAAGUAUCGAAAGAAAUUAUAUUUUAUUGUCCAAUAUUGCUUUAUAUUCACUAUGUUUAUUAAUACCAAUAUUAGUGAUAACAAUCAUUGAACUUAUUCGAUCAUUUUUAUACUAUAAUUCAUAUAAAACACGUUAUUCAAUUAAAUUAAAAAAUUGUCUACUAUUAGCAUUUGCAAGAAUAUUAAAAUAUAUCUCGGUAUUUAUAUUUGGUGCACUUUCAACAACGAUCAUAACCGAUAUAUUAAAAAUUAUGUCGGGACGAUUAAGACCCUAUUUCUUGACAUUGUGUAAUCCUGAUCAAAAAUCAUGUAAUGGAAUGGGCUUGACAGAUGCAGAUUUUGUUUGUUUAUCAAAAAAUAUGACAAAUUUAAUGCGUGAAGCAAGGCAAGUAGAUAAAUUUGCUAUUUUUCUUGCUAUUUAUUUGCAUCGAGGAGUAAAUAUGAAACGUGUUCGCAUUGUAAAACCAUUUUUAAUUUUGUCUUUAAUUACGUUAUCGAUUGUGUGUGGUGCCGUUCGAUUAGCAAGCAAUCAUAAUCAUUGGGAAGAUAUUUUUGUUGGUUUUGUAUUAGGCUCAAUAAUUGCCAUUUAUCUUGUAAAAACCAUAUAUCAAAGCAUAAAACCUGGCAUCGGUACACCAGUUCGUACAUAUGAUGAUUAUCAAUCGUAUGUUGACGAUCAAAUACAGUACACUAAAGAGAUCGAUGCUAACUAUGCAGCAGGAUUAGAUGCCGUGUAUCAAACAACGACACCUCAUAGUCUCACGGUACCAGAACAAUUUUCAUUACAACCAAGUGCAUCGCAAGGACAUAUCGCUGGAUUUUCUCGUCAUCGUUACGAUUUAAAACAGCAGCAACAAUUACAACAACAACAACAACAACAACAAUUACAUCAACAGGCUUUAGCAAAUCAACAGUAUGAGAAAAAUGGAGGAGUUGUACAACAGCUUGUACAUCAAAUUCAACAGCAACCUCAACAAUCUAUUAGUCAAAGAGAGAAAAACUCACCAAUUGGUACACAUGUUGUUGAUUUAACUAGUGAUCAAAAUAAAAUCAUGUUAUUAAAUAUGUCUGGUUUUGAAUUAAAUUAUUUUACAUUAAAUAAAACGGAUAAUAGUAUAAGAAUAACGAAACUCAUUGAUCGAGAACAGUUUGUUAAUGAUCAUUAUUGUGAUAGACAACAAUGUCUUGUGGAAUUACAUCUGUUAGUGCAAGAUGGAUUGAAAUAUUGGGUUAUUCCUCUUCAUAUCGUCGAUGUCAAUGAUUGUAAACCAAAAUUUGCCAGAAAUGAAUUGCAUUUAGUAUUUCGAGAGAAUGUGCCGAUUGGUUAUAAAAUUCCAUUUCAAGGUGCCAUUGAUUAUGAUGAGGGCGUUAAUGGACAAAUACGUUAUAUACUUGAUUGCAGUAACACGGUCGAGAAUCGUCAAUGGAAUCAUUACCAAUAUAAAAUACCAUCAUCUAUUGAUUGUAAAAUGUUCGAAUUAACAAUAUUAACACAAACAUCGAUUACUUAUGAUCAAUUAGCAUUAAAAUUUAUUGGAAAUAGUACUGAUAAAGAACCACAGAGUGAAUAUAUUUUAACGUUGUAUGCAGUAGACAAUGGUCAAGAAGAACAAUUACAAAAUUCAAUGAAAUUAUUCAUUAAAAUAGACCAUAUGAGCGAUAGGGCACCUAUAUUUACACAGAAAUAUUACGAAUUUUUAUAUAUAUCAAUGAUAGAAAAUCAAACAGUUCCUCUACAAGGUACAAUAUUUGGAAGGGUUCUAGCACAUAACAACGAUGAAGAAAUUAAUAGAAUUAUUCGAUAUUCAAUUGUUGGAUCAUCUUAUGGUAUACGAAUUGGUUUAUUCACUGGUGAAUUAAUAGCAUCAUCCAACAUCAUCAUUUCAAAAUAUAAUGAUAUUCAGUUAACAAUUGAAGUGUCGAAUAAUGAACAGUCAUUAUCGUCAAAAUUUGAGUCACAAACUCGAGUUAAAAUCAAUUUUCGCGAUCAAUCAAAAUUGAAGCCCGAUAUAGAUAUGAAAAUAUUAUCAUCUGAUAGAGAAAUGAUUCAAAUGAACAAUUUAUCAUCCAUAACAUUUCUUGUUCACGAACAAGUAUUUAUCGGUCAGCCAUUGUUAGAAUUAAUUAUUCGUAAUCGAUUUUAUCCAAAUGAUACGUUUACAUUAUCUCUUGAUUCUCAUAUGAAAACAUUUCGGUUCAUAUCCACCCCCCAAACAAAUCAAUAUAUUUUGAAAACACGACAAUUACUAACGAAAAAAAUAUAUUUUUUAACGAGUAGUAUUAAACAUACACUAUCACAACAAUUGUUGACAAACAUCGAUAUAAAACUGAUUGUAACAAAUGAUAACGAUUGGAGUCCAAAAUUUAAAUCAGACAGUUACAGUAUAACAGUUCAAUCACAUCUUCCACGAGUACAAGCAACAAAUGCCUAUCCAUUAGCAAUACCAAUUACUUAUGCCAUUGAACAAAAUCCGUAUAUAACCAUCAAUCAAUUAAGUGGAUCUCUGAGUUUCCUAAGUGCACCGUCCACUAGUCAGCAAUUGUCUAUUUAUGCAUUAGGUCCGCGUAGUAAUUCAUCAACACUAUUAAAUAUCGACUACAUUUUACCAUCAACUCCAUUUUGUAGUAAAAAUAGAACAUUUACAAUACGAGAGAAUGCACCUGUUGGAACGAUUAUUGGCACGUUAGAAGUUAUCGAUGAUAAUAUGAAUAAAAACUAUUCUAUUUCUCAAAUAAAUUUAUUUAUUAUUGAUUUAAUUAAUUUGAAAGAUGACGCAUUACUAUCGCCUAUUACUCAUAAAAUAAGACAAAAUCAGUUCAUAUUAAAUGUCUUUAUUGACAUAGGUGAUAAACUAAAUAUGACCUGUAUGAUGAAAUUAAACAUCACAAAUAAUAUUGAUAACAAUUUGCCACAUUUACUCAGACAUCUUUCCGACGAAAAUGAUAUUCAAAACGAAUCGUCCAACUUUUCGACAAUCACUUCCAUUACCAACAAUAAAUCCGAUUUUUUUAUCCACACCGAUAGACAAUCAUCAAAUAUGUCAAAAUACCGUAUUAAAUUAAAACUAUGUGAUCAGAACAAUGCAUUAUUAUGUUCAAACGUCAGCGUUCUCGUUAUCGUAAGUAAUAUCGAAUCAAAUUUCAGUAUAGGUCAAUAUGAAAUGUCUACCGGAUACAAACGUCGAUCGUGGCUACCUGUGAGACGCAUUGAAUUGGCAUUGUUUGCUUUAUCAUUUUUAUUUAUUACUGGAGCAUUAGUAUUAGCUCUCAUUAUUUGCCGUUUAAAAGUGUGUUUAGCAACAAAAAAUUAUUUAUUAUACGGAAAAAAGUAUGGUUUAAGUGAUGUCCAUGUGAAUAAAAAUGAUAAUUCAGGACACACACAAGACAUCAGUGUCAGAGAAGAACAUCCACAUGAUAAACGGUCGAUUCAUGAAACAGCAGACGAAUAUGUACACUAUAAUCAAACGCGAGAUAUUGAUCGUGAUUGUAUACUUGAAACAAUGUCUAAUAUUGUACAUGAGCAACGACAGUGUUCGCAAUAUCUUGAUUCUCAAUAUCCCUGGGAAGAAAUAUUAUCGCGAAAAAACAUUUUAUAUAAUAUUGAUAUGUUCAAUAAGCAAUGGAAUCAUCCUACUACUAAUAACAACAUUUACCAUGUAUCAUCACCUCGAUCAUCUGAAACCAGUAGCGACCAAUUCUUGAAUAGAAAUAGUUCAUUUCUCAAAGAAACGAAAGAAUUAUUAACAAAUAAAUCCAUGUUAUUGCCAAAUAUUGUGCAUUGUAUAAUAAAUGAUCCAACAGAUACACCACAAUUAGCGUCAGAAGUGUAA